AUGGUGCUCCCGAGUUGUUCUCUGCUGCGUCCGCGGCAGGGGGUUCUCCUCUGCUUGUUUUACGUCAUCGGUGCUCUGAGCGUGGGCUUUAUUGUAGCCAUGUGGUACGGCAUGAAUACAGACAGAGAUUAUAUACACCCGCUCCUCACGCAAUUGAUCCCUGCCGGUCACUGCGCCUGCGAGACCUCGACCGCCUUCCAAUGCGCGAGCUGUCUGUCGUGCUCCAAACCCAGCCUGAGCACACACCUGACUCCAUCAGCGAAAUGGGUAUUCGAGUACGAGCGGGAUGGGAACAAUGAGGGCCUCAGUCGGCAGCAGUGCGAUGCUGCCUUUCCCGGUCUGUACGAAGAUGUCUUUCGCGCGGUGACUUACUGGCGCUCGCACGGCGCACUCGCUGCAGAGGAUCUCGAUCGGAUUAGACUGGAGCCCGGCAUGGCAAGAGCGGCCAUUCUCCGCGGGGAGCUGUACGUGGUCGCGGCCCGAUCAAAGGGCGAGGACCACCGACGAAAGAUCCUGGCCGUGCUCAGUGCUAUUCAUCGUGCGCUGGUCGCCGAUUCCCUACGGAGUACCCGUCGCGACAUCGAGUUCGUCUUCUCGGUGGAGGAUAAGGUGGAAGAUGUGACUAGCGCUGAGCAUCCGGUUUGGGCCCUGGCUCGCGCGGCAAACGAGGAGGCGGUUUGGCUGAUGCCUGACUUUGGCUACUGGGCCUGGGACAAUCCAGAUAAUGCGAUCGGACCGUUUGACCAAGUGGUCGCGAGAAUCCAGCGGGCCGAUAUUCCGUGGGAAGCGAAGAAGCAGCAGUUGGUUUGGCGUGGUAAGCCGAGUUUUGCACCCAAGCUGCGACGGGCCUUGAUCGAAGCCGCGCGCGACCAGCCGUGGGGCGAUGUCAAGCAAGUCAGCUGGCCGGAUCGGACCAAUGUUCUCAGUAUGGAGGAUCACUGCCAGUAUAUGUUUAUCGCGCACGUAGAGGGUCGCUCAUACUCGGCUUCCCUGAAAUACCGCCAGGCCUGCAAGUCCGUCAUCGUGGCACAUAAGCUACAAUACAUACAGCAUCAUCAUUAUCUCCUUGCAGCCGAUGGACCGAACCAGAACUACGUGGAAGUGGAGCGCGAUUUUAGCGAUUUGGCCGCCAAACUGGAGCCGCUCAUGCGGGACACCAGCGUCGCGCACCACAUUGCCAACAAUAGCGUCAAGACAUUUCGCGAACGAUACCUGACCAAAGCCGCGGAGGCAUGCUAUUGGCGUCAUCUCUUCGACGGGUACGAGAGCGUGUGGAACAGCACCAUCCCGAAGGGCUCCGACCCGCACCGGGCUGAACGAGGUCUGCGAUACGAAUCGUUUGCGUUGUUGGAGAGUCAGCGAAUGUUUGACUUUACCGCUGCCGACUCAUUUUGA